GGAUCUCUCCCAUAACCAGAUCGCUGGUUUAGAUGUUGAGACGUUCGAGAGCCUGACUUCUCUGGCAAAACUAGAUAUAAGCCACAACAAGAUUUCUACAUUAGAAGAUGGAAUAUUUGAUAAUUUAUUUAAUUUAAGUGAAAUAAACUUCAGUUGGAAUCCAUUCGUUUGUGACUGCAAACUCUCCUGGUUGCCCCGAUGGGUGGAAGAGACAAGAGUGAGCGUUAUUGAGGCGGCGGAGACGAGAUGCGUGCACCCUCCCGAGGUGGCAAACCUCUCCCUCUUCGAUGUCCUGUUCCCCAAUGCCACUUGUGGAGCUCAGUACAUCGCGUGUCUGACCAGCAACCACACAGAAGGGGCUGAGCUCAUCGUCCUCUUCACGUCUGCUCACAAUGGGAACCUCACCCAGGAGACCUGCGGGGCCCUGUGUUACGCCGAGGACCAGGAAUAUGGAGGUUUCAGCCGCCAGGGACAGUGUUUGUGUGGCACUGCCCACGAAACGAACUCUUCCUCCGAUUGUUUGCCCUUUUGCACUGAGCAUUUGCCCGGGCAGGCCUGUGGUGGCCCAUCACUCGUCCCCUUGCCCUUCCCGGCAUCGCUGCCUGUGUCCUUCACGGGACUGCAGCCCCGGUACAGCCUGCACCAGGCCGUGCUCUUCAACGUCAGUAUUCCCAUUGCCGUCAGCACUUUACUGUGGGAAUUUGGGGACCAGACAGAGGUUCUCAACACCACUGGAAACACAGCUGUCCACACGUAUGCCUUACCUGGGCAGUACAACGUCACCGCCACCGUCUUCGUGGGCACCAGGGACAUAGACGUGCAGGCAGAGAUUGAGGUGGUGGCUUCGCCCCUGCAGUUGGAGCUGCAGUGUCCUUCCUUGGUCAAGACGAACGAGAGUCUGGACAUACGGAUCCGCAACAGAGGCGGCACUGGGCUGGCGGUGCUGUACGGUAUCACCGCUGAGGCCGGGGAGCUGGGCAGAGCGGUUCACCCCAUGUGUCCUCCCGAUGGCCUGGUGUUCCCGGGCAACAACCACUGCUACCAGCUGGUGGUGGAGAAGGCCGAGUGGCUGGAGGCCCAGCAGCACUGCCAGGAGCACGGCAAUGGAGAGCUAGCGUUUGUGAGCAGCCCCGAGAUCCAGAGCUUCCUGGUCGCCCGAGUCAUCAGGAGCCUGGAUGUCUGGAUCGGCUUCAACGAUUUAGCGAGCGCUGGCGCCCAGCAGAGAGGAGAAGGCUUUAACCUGGAGAGCUGUCAGAACUGGCUGCCAGGAGAGCCCCAUCCCUCCAACGCCGACCACUGCGUCCGGAUGGGCCCGACGGGCCAGUGCAACACCGACCUGUGCAUGGCCAAGCACAGCUACGUCUGCGAGUACAAGCCAAAAGGAGUCCUCCUAAAUGACAAAAACUUCUUUGUGGGAGACCCCACGUUCGGGACACGCGAGGCUGUGAAAAUUGUGACGGGAGAUGUGAUGGAGGAUGUGCUGUCAUCUCCGGGACAAACUGAGGAGGUGAUGGUGUUCCCUGAGCUGGCGUUCAGGCACGAGGGGUACGUGACUGCCCUGGAGCUGGUGACGCAGGAGCUGCAUCGGCCCGUCCGAGUGAGCUUCCAGCUGCACAGACCGACUGGUGAAGGCGACCAGGAGGGAGCAAACGCUACAGAGCCAUUGCUCGCUGCUCAGGACGAUGGGAACGGGACGCUCCUUGAAUGUCCCCCUGGUUUCCAGUGGUGCCAUUUGACUGAUCUGUGCUCAUCGCUCAACAACUGCUGCAACGCGACCGAGUGUGCCAACGCUUCUCUUGCCCGCGCCGCUGCCCCCGUGUCCCUGCAGCACAACGAAAGCCAGCUCAGCUAUGGACUCCUCGGGGAGUUUCUCUUUACGAUACCAGCGGGCCCCUCUGCCCAGUAUCUGGUCACACUGAGAAAAGAAAAUAUUGUUGUCAAGGCCAAGGACAUCUUCAGUAUCCAGCACAACGCGGGCGUGGGCUCGUUCCUGCAGUGCCAGCCCAGUACCACGUCCCCAUACAGAACCAACGUCUUCAGCACCAACUCCUCAGAGUGGGUGCUCGGCCUCUCCGACGGCUCCGGCGGUGCCUCCUGGAUGAACGACACUGUUUGCUCCGUUCGGGUCCGUUACGCUGAGGAGCAGCUGGUCCCGGUGAUGAACCCUGGCAACGCGGGGCUGGAGCAUCCGGGUCGCUACACGGUCAGAGCCAGCGUGGACAACAGCAUCUUCAGCGCCAACCUGUCCUGCGGUUUCUGGGUGGCCUCCGGGGUGUCAGGCCUGCGCGUGAUCCACCCUGCUCCUCAAGGCAGCAGGGUCUACCUCCCGUCCAACCACACCACCCUGCUGGUCAAGCUGUCCUCGGGGCUGAACGCCACCGCUCGCUCCUUCCCCUCCCAGGGCUCCUCCCCAGCGGCUGUCGCCCCGCCGGCGGCCGACUGUGCCAGGGAGACCAACGACACCUGGUUUGCUGCGGUCAGCCUGAGCGGCCUCCGGGAGGGGGUCAGCACCCACGUCCUCGUCGCGGAGAACGCCGUCAGCUCCCAAAACAUCACCGUCACCGUGAAAGUGGAGGAGCCCAUCCGCGGGCUGCGGGCCAUGCCUGACCCCGAGAGCAGGGUCCUUUUUUUGAGUGGUCGCUGCCGCUACGUCCCUGUGAUGGAAGCUGGGUCAGACGUGACUUUCCGAUGGACGGUAGAUGAUAAGCCAUCGUUCACUUUUUACAAUGUUGUCUUCAACGUUAUCUACCAAAGCCCAGCUGUGUACAAGCUUUCGCUCACCGCCUCCAACCACGUCAGCAACUUCACGGUCAACUACAACGUCACGGUGGAGAUGAUGAAUAAGAUGAAGAACCUGACGGUGGCGGGCGUCCUGCCGGUCCUGCCUCAGAACAGCACCGUGGAGCUUACAGCGACAGUGCAGGUCGAUUCAGCUGUGGAUGCUUUGUUCCUGUGGGAUUUUGGAGACGGUGUCCAGGAGACGUACCUGUUCAGACCCCCCUACAACAAGUCCUUCCUCGUCCCUGACCCCAGCGUCCAUGAGGUUGUCAUUGAGCACAACGUUUCACACGUCUAUCAGGACCCAGGAGAAUACGCCUUGGUGGUUCUGGUGUCAAACCAGUUUGAGAACCUCACCCACAUGACCCCGGUUCACGUCCACAGUUACCUGGUUGAUGUGAAGAUGGAAACCGAGGAGGAUGUGUUAGUUGUGAGCCGUCCGGUCACCUUCAGAGCCCAUCCGUUGCCGUCUCCGUACGGCGUGGUGUACAGCUGGGACUUUGGGGACGGGUCCUUGCUGUUCACAGAGAGCCAGCCUACAGCGACGUACAGCUACCCCCGAAGAGGGGUGUACAACGUCACCGUGACGGCCAACAACACCAUAAGCAGCGUGGAGGUGGUCGAGAGCUACCAGGUGUUUGAAGAGAUAACGGGGCUCCGUGUCUCCGCAGAUGAGGCAGCAGAGCUGGGAGCAUCCGUGACCCUUAACGCUUCGGUGCAGACGGGGGACAGCGUCACCUGGGUGUUCGAUCUGGGGGACGGGACGGUGCUGAGGACUCAGGUGCCGGUGGUAGAGCACGUGUACGUAAAGGACAUCAACUGCACCGUGAACGUGACCGCUGUGAAUCCUGUCAACUCCGUCUCCCAGGCUGUACCCAUCCGGAUAUUUGUGCUGGAGGUGCUCAAAAUAGAGCCCGACUCCUGCAUCCUUGAGCACCCGGAUGUGCAGCUCACCGCGUAUGUGACCGGGAAUCCCGACAACUACGUCUUUGAUUGGACUUUUGGAGACGGCUCCUCCAACGUCACGGUCAGGGGGGACCCCGUGGUGAUGCACAACUUCACCCGAAGUGGGACGUUCCCCCUCUCGCUGACUCUCUCAAGCAGCUUUAACAAGGCUCACUAUUUCACCAGCGUCUGUGUGGAGCCAGAGAUCGUCAACGUCACCCUCCUCCCUUCCAAGCAGUUUGUGAGGCUUGGAGAAGAGACCAGCUUCCAGGUCAGCGCCGUGCCUCUCUACCGGUACCGCUACCGCUGGGAUUUCGGGAACAACGAGUCCACUAGGUCGAGCGGGACGGAAGUGACCUACACCUACAAGAACACGGGGGUCUUCCUGGUCACGGUAACUGUGUCCAACAACGUCUCUUUCAACAACGACACGGCGUUUGUGGAAGUCCAGGAGCCGGUUGGGGUAGCAAAGAUUGAAUACAACGGGACGAGUGUUUUGGAGCUGAACCAGGUGUACCUGUUCUCUGCCAGCAUGAACGGGACCAAGGUGAGUUACUGCUGGGACUUCGGAGACGGCACCACGCAGCCUGGCCAGAUCGCUGCCCACUCCUACAACGCCACGGGCCACUACACAGUUAGCGUGAUGGGCCAAAACGACGUGAGCUUUAAUGAGACUGUCGUCGAGGUGACGGUCAAGCGUCGGCUGCAGGGGCUGACCAUCAACGCCAGCAGGACGGUGGUGCCGUUGAACGGCUCGGGUUUUUGCGCUGCCCCCCCCAGCCGCUACUCGUGGAUCCUCUGUGACCGCUGCACCUCCAUCCAAGGCUCCUCCACCAUUUCCUACACUUUCCGCUCCGUGGGCACGUUCAACGUCAUCGUGACGGCGGAGAACAAGAUCAGCUCCUUGCAGGACAGCAUCUACGUCUACGUCCUGGAGCAGAUUGAAGGGCUGCAGGUGGGCAGCACUGACCUGGUGGAGGACGCCUAUUUCCCCACUAACAAAACGCUCCACUUGCAGGCAGUGGUGAGGGAGGGGACAAACAUCUCCUACAGCUGGGUCGCCCAAAGGGACGGCGCCGCUGUGCAGAGCUUCGCCGGGAAAACCUUCUCCUUGAGCAUCCUGGAAGCUGGAAACUACACUGUCUAUCUGAAAGCCACCAAUAUGCUGGGGUGGGCAACUGCUAACAGGACAGUGGAGUUCAUUGAGAGCAUUGGUCUUUUAAAGCCUUACGCCUUCCCCAACCCAGUCGCUAUUAACGCCUCUGUUAACAUAAGCGCCACCGUCAGCAGUGGCACUGGCAUCACCUAUGUGUGGUACCUAGAGGACGGCUUCUCUCCUGUUACCUCUGAGCCCUUUAUCAUACACUCCUUCCAGAGCCCCGGGGUGACAGAGGUCGUCAUCGGGGCAGAAAACAAGCUGGAUGCCACCAACACAACCAUUUACAUCUGCGUGGAGGAGGUCAUCGAGGGGCUGAGCAUAGGGACAGCGGAGCUGGACUGCAGGUACGUCUCGUCAGGCUCCACUGUGGUCUUUGAGGGGGAGCUGCAGAGAGGGACCGAAGUGACGUGGCUUUGGGAGGUCCCCAACAGCACGUUGACGGGGCAGGCCGUGGCGGUCACGUUCCCCACCGCGGGGCUGUACACGGUCCACCUGAACGCGUCCAACGCCAUCAGCUGGGCGCUGGCCAGCAGGAACAUCUCGGUGCUGGACAGGAUUCAGGGGCUGGAGGUGCGCGCCAGCAGGAAGGUGGUGGAGCCGGGAGAGCAGGUCACCUUUGUCAUCAGGAUGCUGUCGGGCACCUCCGUGAGUUACUUGGUCAGCAUAAGCGGGGACUACUCCGUGGUGCUCAACGGGUCCAGGUACACGCACGAGUUCACCAAGAGCGGCGAUUAUUUGGUGACGGUGACGGUGCAGAACCAGAUCAGCAUCGCGCACGCCCAGGUGCUCAUCUCUGUGCUGGAGGCCAUCCGUGACGUCCGGCUCCUGAACUGCUGCGAGAAGGGCAUGCCCACGGGCACGGAGAAAACCUUCAGCGCCCAGGCGGGCAGCGGCUCCCGUGUGUCCUUCUCCUGGCACUUCUCCCUGUGGAAAGAGCGAGGCCGGUCUGUGGUCACGGUGGUGGGAGAGACGGUUUCCUACACUCCAGAGGCUGCAGGGCUGCUCGAGAUUCACCUCAGCGCCUUCAACGACCUGGGAGGUAUCAACGUCACCAGAACCAUCCAGGUGCAGGACCCGAUAGCCCAGGUGUCCCUCACUGCCUCCAACGCCUUCGUCAACAGGACGGCGCUGUUUGAAGCGGCAGUGGUGCCCAGCAGCCGGAGCAUUGAGUUCUUGUGGACCUUUGGGGAUGGCUCUUCCACUCAAACGACCAGGGUUGCGGCAGCCAACUAUUCUUACCUGAGCCCUGGGGACUACCUGGUGGAGGUGAAUGCCACCAACCUCAUCAGCUUCUUCAUAGCCCACCUCACCGUCACCGUCAAAGUCCUGGAGUGCGAGGAGCCGGAGGUGGAGUUAGCCUUGCCCCCGCAGGUCGUCAUGAAGCGGUCCCAGAGGAACUACCUGGAGGCACAGAUCGACCUCCGGGGGUGCAUCAAGUACCAGACAGAGCACCUAUGGGAGAUCUACCGAGCACCCAGCUGCACGAGCCUGGACGACUCCAGCAGGAUCCGCCUGCCUAACGUUGACGUGAACAGGCCCCAGCUGGUGAUACCCAAGCUUGCCCUGGAGGUUGGCAACUACUGCUUCAUCUUCAUCGUCUCCUUUGGAGACACCCCCCUGUCCAAAAGCAUCUUUGCCAAUGUGACUGUGAUCCCGAGUAAGCUGGUGCCCAUCAUUGAUGGGGGGUCGUACCGUGUAUGGUCCAACACCCAGGACUUAAUCUUGGAUGGGGAGAAAUCCUACGACCCGAACUUGGAUGACGGGGAACAGACUCCGUUGUUGUACGAAUGGUCUUGUACCUUUUCCUCCAAGAGCUCGGCUGCAGGGUGCUCUCUGCAUUUCAGUGCCAAGGAAGGAAUUGUCACAAUUUCCAAAGCUGUCUUAGAAGCAGAUGUGGAGUACACGUUCGACCUGACCGUCAGGAAGGAGGGCAUGAGUCCCGAGGCCACCAACCAAACCGUGUUCAUCAAGAGGGGGGGAGUCCCCAUCGUGUCCCUGGAGUGCGUUUCCUGCAAGGCUCAGUCUGUCUACGAAGUGAGCAAGAGCUCCUACGUCUACCUGGAGGGGACCUGCCAGAACUGCCACAACGACUCCAGAAUUGGGAGAUGGGCAGCGCACAGCUUUAAGAACAAAUCCCUCGUCCUGGACAAGACGACGACGUCCACGGGCGACACGGGCAUGAACCUGGUGCUGCGGCAGGGGGCUCUGAGGGACGGCGAGGGCUACACCUUCACCCUGCACAUCACGGACCUCAGCACCGGGGAGGAGGGCUUCGCCUCCAUCGACCUGCUCCCGAACCAGCCGCCCGUCGGGGGGUCCUGCCGCCUGUCUCCAAAAGGGCCCCUCAGGGCGCUGAUGGCCAAGGUGCACUUUGAGUGCGCAGGCUGGCGUGACACGGAGGACGCGCAGGGCCCGCUGGUCUACAUCCUGCUGGCCUCUCGCCACAGGGACGGUCACUACCACGAGUUCUGCGUCUACAAGGGCAGCCGCGCCGAGCACAGCGCCUUCCUGCCCCCCGGCUUCCACGACAGCGGCUUCGUGGUGUCCGUGUCUGUCCUUGUCCAGGACCAGCUGGGAGCCACCGUGGUGGCCAUUAACCGCUCCAUGGAGAUCGGCCUGCCCGAGGGCUUCCCCAGCCUCUCCCACUGGCUCUACAACCAAACCGACACUGUGCUGCAGGGCUUGGUGAAACAAGGGGACCCUCAGCAAGUCAUCGAGUACUCGCUGGCCCUCAUCACCAUCCUGAACGAGUACGAGCGGUCCAUGCUUCUGGAACCCGAGACCGGGAAUGAGUUUGAGCUCCGGACCUGGACUCGCAACAACAUCACAGAAACCCUGAACUCGCUGAAGGUGAACACGGUCGAUGACAUCCAGCAGAUCUCGGCUGCCCUGGCGCAGUGCACGGUGGUGAGCAAGGAGCUGGUGUGCAAGUCGUGCCUGACGAGGACCUUGAACAAACUGGAGACCAUGAUGAACAUCCUGCAAGGGGAGAUGACCCAGGGCACCGUGACGCCGACCGGCAUCGCCGACAACAUCCUCAACAUCACCGGGGACCUCAUUCACCUGGUCAAUACGGUUUCCCAAGAGUCCAAGCCCCAGGAGCUGCUUUCCGAUUCCCACAACCUGCUGCUCGCUCCCAAAGCCUACAACCUGUCCUCCAGCCUGAUGCGCAUCCUCAUGAAGUCCCGAGUGCUGAACGAAGAGCCCCUUGAGCUGGUGGGAGGGGAGAUCAAGGCCACGGGCAAGCGGACCGAUCCCUUCAACUUGCUGUGCUACGAAAACACGCCGAACUGCCAGUUCUCCAUCCCCCAGGCGUUCAACACCACCCUGUCCAACCUGACGGAUGUCAUUCAGGUCAUGUUCCAAGUGGACUCCAACCCUUUCCCGUUCGGCUACAUCAGCAACUACACCGUGUCCACAAAGGUCGCCUCCAUGGAGUUUCAGACGCACAACGGGGUGCAGAUCCCUAUUGGGAGCCUGGACUCGGAGAAAGCCAUCACCGUGAUGGUGUCGAACAACACGGAUGCCGACGACCUGUCCGCUGGCACCAAAAUCGUCGAGGCGAGAUCGUCUGUGAACCUGAUCGUCACCAUGGAGAGCAACAACAGAGAAGCAGGACUGCACUUCCAGCUCACCUACAGAGUCCUGAACGAUCACUACCUCGCGAGCGAGCCUGAGCCGUUCAUCAUGGCUUAUCUCCACCACGAGCCAGAGCCCAACGAGCACAACUGCAGCGCCUCCAAGAAAAUCGGCCUGGACGCCCUGGCUGGGACUGACCACAAGCUCUACACCUUCUUCACCUCCCCCAG